CAAGAUGCCAGAAUAUUGUGUAACUGGAGGAACAGGUCUUGUUGCAGCUUAUUUGAUCAAAUCUCUGCUUGAAAAGGGUUAUAUUGUAAGAACUACUGCUAGAGAUCCAGAAAACACGGACAAAGUAGGCUAUCUCAUGCAGCUGAAAGGAGCAAAGGAAAGGCUCAAGAUUAUGAGAGCUGAUUUGGUGGAAGAGGGUAGCUUCGACGCAGCUGUGGAGGGCGUAGACGGCGUCUUCCACGUGGCGUCUCCGGUGCUCGUGGCGAAUGAUGACAACGUAAAGGAAAAAUUGAUCGAUCCAUGUAUAAACGGAACCCUAAACGUGCUAAAAUCUUGCAAGAAAUCUAUCAGUGUGAAGAGGGUUGUCUUAACCUCAUCUUGCUCUUCGAUCCGAUACAGAUUCGACGCCGAAGAAGCGUCUCCCCUCAAUGAAUCUCACUGGAGCGAUCCUGAAUAUUGCAAGAGAUACAACCUGUGGUAUGGUUAUGCAAAAACUGUAGCUGAAAAAGAGGCUUGGGAUUUUGCUCAUGAAAAUGGGCUUGAUUUAGUGGUGGUGAAUCCGUCAUUUGUGAUUGGCCCUCUGCUUGCUCCUCAACCAACUAGCACAUUGUUACUCACAUUGGCUCUUAUAAAAGGUGUGAGAGGAGAAUAUCCCAACACAAGAAUAGGUUUUGUUCACAUAUAUGAUGUUGUGAAUGCACACAUUUUAGCUAUGGAAGAAAGUGAAGCAUCUGGCAGACUUAUAUGUUCAAGCUCAGUGGCACAUUGGUCAGAAAUCAUUCAAAUGUUGAGGGCGAAAUACCCUAAUUACCCUUACGAAGAUAAGUGUAGCACUCAAAAAGGGGGUGAUAUGCCACAUAGUAUGGAUUGUAGCAAAAUUAUUGAGUUGGGGCUUCCUCCUAUGAAAUCUCUUCACCAAAUGUUUGAUGAUUUUUUUACAAGUUUUCAAGAAAAAGGAUUUCUUUGAGGGAAAAAAAACUACUUAGAAUCAGUCUUAUUUUAUAGGUUAUUUCAAGAUUGCUUGUAGGAAAAUGAGAAAUGGAACUCUUCCAUGAUGUUUAAAAAACUCAAUUUGAUACUAAUCAAGCUUUUUUUUUCCUAUUAUGUUAUAAA